GACGCGCUGGGGGCCAGGACGAGCCUUUGCAUGCCCCCCGCGCCCCCCGGCAGCCCUUCUGCUCCCCCUCUUGCACCCCCCCGCCGCUCCUUCCUUCUGCUGCAAAGGGAUGCGCUUGACAGGGCUGCCCGCUGGCUCGGUGCGUGCUUGAAAUAGAGACUCCCUUCUUUGCUUGGAGAGCCCUCCUCGCCCCUGCUCUGAACCCCCUAUCCCUUUCCCCAAGCCCCCCAUCUGCUUCCUCGAGGAACCAUCCCCUGCUCCAAGCCCCAUCCCCUACCUCAAGCUCCCCAGUCCCUUCCUUGAGCCCCUAUCCCAUUCCUCGAGCCCCCAUCCCCUGCUCCAAGCCCCAUUCCCUGUCCCAAGCUUCCAUCCCCUUCCCUGAGCUCCCUACUCUGAGCCCCGAUCCCUUUCCUUGAGCCCCCAUUCCCUGCCCCAUAUCCUCAUCCCCUGCCCUGAACCUGCUUUCCUGAGCCUCUCAUUUCCCUCCCCUGAGCCCCCUUCCCCAAAUCCCCUAUUUGCUGCCCCGGAGCCCCCCAUCCCCUGCUCUCCACAAUGAUUUUGCUGAGCUGCUUCCUGCACCUGCGGCCCCGGCGCUGCAGCCCCUUGGCCGGGCUGGGCAUGGGGCUCGGCCCCGCAGCGGGGUCCCGCAGGGCUCUGCGGGUGCUGGUGGACAUGGACGGGGUGCUGGCUGACUUCGAGGGAGGCUUCCUCAAGAAAUUCAGGGCCAGGUACCCCGACAAGCCCUACAUUGCCCUGGAGGACCGGAGGGGCUUCUGGGUGUCGGAGCAGUACGGGCGCCUGGGACCCGAGCUGAGUGAGAAAGCCAUCAGCAUCUGGGAAUCCAAGAACUUCUUCAUUGAGCUGGACCCUCUCCCUGGGGCUGUGGAAGCUGUGAAGCAAAUGGCAAAUUUGGCAGACACUGACGUGUUCAUCUGCACGAGCCCGAUCAAGAAGUACCGGUACUGCCCUUACGAGAAGUAUGCCUGGGUGGAGAAGCACUUUGGCCCUGAAUUUCUUGAGCAGAUUGUUUUGACACGAGAUAAGACGGUGGUUUCUGCUGAUCUGCUUAUAGAUGACAGACCUGAUAUAACAGGGGCAGAGCAGAACCCCACCUGGGAGCACGUGCUCUUCACUGCCUGCCACAACAAGCACCUGCAGCUGAAGCCCCCCAGCCGCCGGCUGCACUCCUGGUCUGAUGACUGGAAGGCCAUUCUGGACAGCAAACGCCUCCCACCCGGCCAGGCCAUCUAAACACCAGCCCCCACGGCCACCCAGGGCUGCAGCCACCUGUCUGUGUCCGUGUGGAGUCCUGCUGAAGGCCAGAAAUAUGGAUGGACAGACAGACAGACAGAUGCUGUCUCUGCUGCAGAGAGGAGGAGGAGGGUGAGCUGAAGCACCAGAGUCACCUGGACUUGAAAAACAGAUCCCAGCCCAGCCCUGCCACAAGGGAGCAACAGCAGGAUUGUGCCUGUGGACCUGACAGCCUGGCUGGAGGGCAUUUCCCACUGGUUCCUGGGGUCUUUGUGCUGCAUCUGCACCUCCCACAGGGCCUGCCCAGCAUUUCUGAUGGACAAGGUCACCCUCAGCAUGUCACUGCCCUUGCCUGGGUGCACUGCAUGGCACAGACCAACUCUCCAUCCUCCCUCUGUGUCAUGGUCAGGGAUCAUGCAUCUGGUUUGUUUAGUCCUUGCAAGGCUUCAUUCCAAGGAUCUGCCUCAGGAGGUCCUUCCCACUAGCAGUGCCUGGAUCUGGGGAGAGGGGUGGCUGGAAGGGCAGGGAGAGCAGGCAGGUUUUGUCCAGGCUCCCUGCACUGGGGUUUUGUUGGUGGAGGAUUGUCACAAACACAUCCAUGGAUGCUGUCUGCAGUUCUCACAUACUGCAAGGGAAGAUGUUGGGGGGAUGUUGCUUCUAAAGGCUUGGGGAGCUGAUUUCAGCCAGGGUAGAGUUAAUUUUCUUCACACAAAAUAUAGCCCCAUACAAGCCACUGUGAAAAAAAUUAACUCUACCCUGGCCAAAAGCAGCAUGGCAGCCCAUUAGAGGUGCCCACGAGCUGCAUCACAGGGUAGUUUGUUCUGCAGCUCCACCGUGGUCCCAGCCCUGGAUGUCUGGGGACAGAGUGUGCUUCCAGCCCCACUGCCCUGGCUCUGGGCCCCUGCAGAGUGGUGUUCAGUUCAGCCUGGCUGGUGCAAAGGGCUCACAGCACACGCAGCUGUACCAGCCACCUCUGCCAGGGUACAGUGCCGGGGCUGCUCAGCUCUGGGAGCAUCCAGUGCUGCUGGGAAGCUGCAGUUGGCCACCAAGAAGUGAGGGUUUAGACCAAGGGGCAGCUCCAAGGGGGAUGUUUCUGGCAUAGCUGUGCCCACAGCCCCUUCCUGCCUUGUUUGUCUCAUUUUUGCUUCACCAAGCCCACACCAGUCCAGCCUUGAACUUCAGUGACCUGUCUGGCAUGAGAAAAGAGCUGCUGCUGCUGCUCCUGGCCUCAGAGAGAUAUCCCAACUGCUGGGAGAGCCUGGCAUCCCCUCCCUGCCUGUGGGACUGCCACAGGGCAGCCACAGCCCGGCUGUCCCUAGUGGGAGCUGGUGCUGACCCACCCCAGGCAAAGCCCCAGGGAUGAGCUGGCUGUGUCACUGCUGACACCAUAGAGGCUAUCACACCCUGCUGCUGCCUGUCCCCACGCUGUCCAGGAUCCCACUGCCCUCCUGGCCCAAGGACUUGCUGGCUGCAGCAGUAAAAUUCCCCACUUGGACACAUAGCCCCACAGGCAGGGGUGGCAGCCAGGGUUUGGCUGGGGUUUGCCACCCUGCACUCCAUACUCACACCUGUGGUUUGCCUCUCCCCUCUCCUGUGAGAGAGAGCUUUACAUGAACAUAAAGCUACACAACCAACAAAUAAUGGAAUUCAGCAGAGGCAGCCAGACCCCUCCUGUAGCCAGGACCUAGAGGGGUUCUGAAGUUGGUGCUUUGGAACUUGUGCCUUCCCUGGGUGUUGCAGGGCCAGGGAUGGGGCCUGUGUCAACUUGGGGCUUGCCCUGUUUCUUGGGAUGGGAGUUUACAAAGUCAGCAUGGUUGAUCUAAGGCAGUGGGACUUACAUACCACAAGCAUGCUUUUUUUCUUUCUUUUUUUUUUUUUUUUCAUUUUUCUUUCCUGUUUAAACCACUGUGUGCUGCUCUGGGUGGUGGGUUUGGUUUGGAGGGGUCUAUUUGGGAUGUCCAGCUGCCUGAGGUGCAGCCUUCUGGCCAAGAGCUGCCUUGGCUGGAGGGUUUGCAAGCUGGGAACUGGGACAGUGUGGGAGCACCAUGGGCAGCUGCUGCAGCUGCUGAACAUCAGGAACCCCUUGGCUCCACCAGACCUCCACCAUCUGUUGGCCCCUCUGUGCAGCCAGGGUGACUUCAUGGGGUCCAAGCUGAUUUUUUUCUAAUGGUACCAUGUAAAUAUGAGCUGCCCAAGCUCCCCAGAGCCUUCUCCCUGCUCAUUGAGCCAAAACAAGCUGGCACUUUGCUUCAGCAGCUGCCCAAUCCUGUCAUCUUCCCCCAAGGCUGGGGCAGACCUGAGGGAUGUGGCUCUCUGGGGCCAGCAGGACUUUUCCCUGUGGUGAGAUGUGAUGCCAGAGAGACCAUGUGGCUUCACACCAACUAUACUUGAAAGCAGAACUGGAGUUUCUAAUGCCUGAGGCUCCAACUCCAUGCACAGAGAUCCUGAGCUGGUAGCUGGACUCUUUGCUCCCACACUCGGGACCGGGAGGUGAUCGGCUCGUUCAUUGUUCAAGCCUGUGUCCAGCUGAGAUACACAGAGCUUUUAUUUUUGAAUGUACAUCUAAUAAACCCAAGGCAAAUGAGGAGCACUGCAAUAAACACUGGGUUGUUUGGCA